UUUUAGAGCAAAAGUCUCUACACCCAAAACCUCCACUCAAUUCCCUGCCAUCAAAACCUGAGCUUCUUCUUUCCAAAGCCUUAAAAGUUUGUAAAAUCAAAAAAACCUUUCUCUCCAGCAUCCUAUUCAUUCACUUCUCUUCUUCAUAUUUCUUCUUGAGCCAUGACUAAAGAUGAAGACUUUAAGCUCCUAAAGAUUCAGACUUAUUCCCUCAGAGUCAGUAUCCAUUGUGAAGGUUGUAACAAAAAAGUCAAGAAACUUCUUCAGAGGAUCGAAGGAGUUUACCACGUAAAGGUAGAAGCAGAGCACCAAAAGGUAACUGUCUCAGGCUCUGUUGACUCAACCACACUCAUCAACAAACUCGUUAAAGCUGGCAAACACGCAGAGCUUUGGUCUCCAAACCAAACCACCAACCCUAACCAGCCUCAGAAGCCCAAGACUAAUGACGUCAUCAAGAACAACCAAAAGGGUCAAAAGCAAGGCUCUGCCAAAAGUGGCCUUGAAACCUUCAAGCCCAAGAACAACCCCAAAGGUGCGGCCUGUGUCACGGAGGAGGAAGAUGAAGACGGUGGCGAGGAAGAAGAUGGACAAGUUAAGCUACCCAAACCGGUGAAUCAGCAGCAACAAGCCGUCAAGAAAAACAGUGGAGGAGGGCCAACGAACAAUGGGAACAACGGAGUCAACGCAUCAAAGAAAGUCAACCAAAAACAGAACAGCCAAAACCAAAACAACAGUCAAGCAGUGGCGGCUGCUAUGAGGAUGAGAAACGCCUCAAAAGUGAACUCUGGUGUAGACAACAACGAGAUUGGAGCUCUCAUGGGACUAGCUGGAUUCAACGGCGCAGCAACAAACGCCGUGAAUCCCCAAAAUGGGAUGCAACAACUUCAAGCACCUCCGUUAAACAACAUCAACAGCGUCACAACUCACAACAUGAACAAUGGUAAUGGAGGACCAAGCAUGAUGAUGAACAUGAAUGGAUACAGCAAUCACCAUCCAAUGAACAUGCAGAAUAGGCCAUUGAUGCAUCAUCACCAGCCUCAACAAAUGAUGUACCAACGACCAGCUUUCGUACCACCUUCAAGCAAUGGGUAUUAUUACAACUACAGCCCCAGUCCUUACACUUACUAUCCUUAUUACCCUUACACAACAGAACACCAGCAGCAUGUUAGUCAUUCAUCUGCAACAAACAUGUCCAGUGAUGAAGACACUAGCAAUAACACCAGCUGCAUCAUCAUGUAACCGUUGUUGCUUGCGGAGAAAGGUAUCUUUCUACUUCUGUUAACAAG